UGCUCCGUAUUAUCAGACGUUUGGCCCAGCUGUCAACGUAACUUUCCGAAAGUUUUUUAGUAAAAUUAAUAACAAAUCCCGAUCAAAAUGUGGAAACAGAUAUCCUUUUUCUAUUCUUUUCUUUUCUUUGGAGUUUGUUGUUCAGUUAUUCCCCUGGGAAAUUCGGCAUUGAACCAGCGAAUGAAGGUGAGCAGUAGCAAGGAAAUGCGGAUCUUUGCCCAGGACAUCAGUAGCAAUGAGGAUUUCAAGAACACAGUGUUUCGUAACCUUGUCCGACCUCUCCUUAUACCACGUAUGCCGGACACAGAAAACAGCACCAUAGUUCAAAAUUACAUAAAGAGUCACUUUUCAAAUUUGAACUGGGAGGUGGAAGAAGAUCGCUUCAGUGACUCGACUCCGUACGGUGUAAAAGAGUUCAACAACAUUAUCGUCACAUACCAGCCAGAGGUGAAAAACAAGCUGGUGCUGUCAUGCCAUUACGAUUCUAAAAAUAUAUCAAGCAGAGGUAAUUAUUUCAUCGCUGCGACAGAUUCCGCAGUGCCUUGUGCUAUACUCAUGGACAUUGCUACAAAACUGAACUGUGCCUUACUUCGCAAACAACAGACAAGGAAAAAGAGUCUAGCAGAAGAUGUGACGAUACAGAUGAUGUUUUUCGACGGGGAGGAAGCUUAUGAAGAAUGGACAGCGACUGAUUCCCUGUACGGUUCCCGACAUCUGGCGAAGAAGCUUGCAGAGACCUAUGACACUCAUUAUCCUGAUACGACAAGGAUGGACACUAUAAGUUUGUUUGUUCUGUUGGAUUUGAUUGGUUCUUCAGAUGUGGAAUUUAGAAACUUUUACAUCAAAACAGAUGCUCAUUUUCAAAUGUUGCAAAAAAUAGAGAAGUCAUUAAAGAAGGCAGAUUUAUUAAACCCUAAUGGCCGGUUUCAAAAUGGCCGCGAGAAGACGAUAUUUACAAAUGCACGUCCAUAUGGGGGCAUCGAAGAUGAUCAUAGACCAUUUUUGCUCCAUAGUCCAGAUUUACCCGUGCUUCACCUUAUAUCAGUACCGUUCCCUAGCGUGUGGCACAAGAUGUCCGACAAUGAAAACGCCAUCGACUACCAUGUAACGGACAACUUCAACAGAGUGUUCCGGAUAUUUGUUGCCAACUACCUCCAUCUGUCAACUGAAGCAUGCAAGAAGAAGUGAUUUUUUUCAACGUUGAAAUUGAAUGUAAUGAAAGCUAAAAAUGGUUUUACAAUAAAAGUAUGGCAAAAAAAAGCAACACUAUCAUGCUCAGUUUAAAUAUUAUUUAAAAAUAAUAAUUCUUCUCAUUUACAGUAAUACACAUAAAUUAAUAUUUUCAAUGUUUGACUCUAUAAAAGGUAAAGUUGUCCUUUUAAAGCUACUCUCUCACAGAUUGAGAGUUUUGACAUUUUUGUAAGUUUAUGUUUCAGAAUCGGCUGAUUUUGGCAUCAGUGCCUUCAAUUCAGUCAUAUAAGAUACCUCUUAAUAGAACAGAACUGUAUUGUUGAGAAAACUGCGGAAAAUUUCAAUUUUAUAAAAAGCGUUAGUAAAACUUCUAGCUAUAAAACACUUUUUAACUUGCAUAUGAAAAUCUGUGAUCUGAUCUGUUGUAAGCAGUCAUGUAUCACUGGUUUCCAGAUAUGUACGAAAUAUUGGUUCAUUCCUAGACAAAACAUAAAAAAACAGUUGUCAAACAGGACAAUCUGUGAGAGUGCAGAUUUAAAGUUUUUCACAGGUUAAAGUUAUAUGCGCCUGGCAGCUUAUGAUGUACAUUUUUAGCAUGUCAGUUUUUCACAGAAAAAAAGGCAAUAUAUUGUGACAACCUUGGUGUGGUUAGCAACGUCAGCAACGUGGCCUUUGUGCAAAAACUUUGGCCAUGUUCAAAUCGCAGUUCACUAUUACAAGAUUUUUUCAUGAAACUUGUUACAUAAAUUGCCAAUUAACAACUGCAUUCAAAGGCCAAUAUAUCUGGCCUUUAAAAAUUGCCCAGUAAUUCACUUUUGUGAAUUGUAAAAGCAAAAAAAAGUCAGACAAGCGACAUCCACUUGGGAUGUUUUUGUUAAUUAUAUUAAAACCACUGCUGAUUUGGGUUGCACAUUACUAUUUAUUUGUCAUUCAAAUACUUAAUUUAUGCAGCAUGUUAAUGCUUCAAAUGGCUGUACUUUUUUACAAAGUAUAAAACUUUACAUUUGUAUUGUUAAACCUAUUUUUGUUAUGAAAAUAUCUAUUUUAUCAUUGAUUAAUGUAUGCUUUAAGUGGCUGAUUAAACAUAGUUUUAUUCUCUACAGAUAUAAUUAACGUUCAUUUUUUUGCAUCACAACUUACAAUUACAACUAUAUUUUUGUACUGCUUUAAAAAAAACAGUAUAGUAUAAGGCCACAUCUAUUUUAACUUUUGUUUGACAUAUUUUGGAUGAAAAAGAUAAAAAUCUGUUUUCUUCAUUUUCCAAAAAUAAGUAUGGUAAAUGAUUACCAAACAUCAAUUUGGUGUGGUCUUAUGUAAAUAGGAGUCAUUGAGUUGGUCAAUUUAUAAUGGAUGGUACCAGUAUAUGAGUGAUAUUACAAACUCCAUGCAGUGUUUCUUCCCUUGCAGUACAGUAAUCACUGCCACCAAGCAACGUGACCAUAGGUAUUUAAAAUAUCAUUGGUAAAGAUUGUAAAUUAUCUUUAAUUUUAAAUUUUUUUUUUUGUAUUUUAACCUCAAAUUUGAUAAAACCUAUCCAAAACCAGAGAAGAAAACAUUAAAAAUUGAAAGUUUUUAUAGCUGAAAUCCAGCUAUACUCGUUCUGGUGGCAGAGAUCAUUUCUGUUUGUCAGGAGAGAUAGCCCUGCGUAGGAGAUUGGUUUUGUUAGCUACAGUCCAAACUCGCUAUAUGUCAACGUCAGAUAUCUUGAUUUUCCGGUGGUGUCGACUCUUCCCCAGUCCCAAAUUUAUUCCUUCUUAUUCUUUAUACAAAUAAAUCUGCUUGGGUCGAUUUUUCUAUUGAUUUUUAAGCUAUGUCGAGCCCCUAUUUCAGUCCCUGUGGUUGAAUUUCACACAUUUCCUUUGUCCCUUAUGUCGAACUGUAGAUGAAGUUGUAGGUGCGAAAAUAUUCAUGAUGGUUUGCAGCAUGUCGCUAAACUGUCAUAAAUGGACGGUAAUUGGUAAGUGUUAAUAAUAAAAGUUGUUUGUUUAUGUUUUUGAUUAUAGAGACAUUUUUUGAUCAAGCUCCUGUUUAUUGGUCUUGUAUGAUUACAUCAUUUGAAAAUCGAGAUAUCCGAUGUGGAUAUAGCGAGUUUGGACUGUACUUGCAAUCAAUAAUUUAGUCAGCAUAAUGAUUUAUGUGAAACAUUGAAAUUACCCCAUAUGGGCAUUAAGAUUACGGCCAUGUAAUGUUGUUGUUACAAACUCAAACUUGUUAUUCCUAAAUCAAAAGCUUAUUUUUAUGGUGAAGCAAUUUUAUAUAGCAAACUAAUGUAUCUUAUUUCUUGUUCAAAUAGUGUGAACUAUUUCAUCUUAUUUUGUUAAAGUUGUGGUUAAGGUUGCCCAUUUGCAUAUGUGUAUUUCUCCCAUUCUUGUACAUUUACCAAGCAAGUUACAUUUUAAAGGUGCACAAUAUAGAUGUUAUAGUUAGAUGACAAGAAUAAAAAUCUUAAUGAUUAAGAAUGGGUUAAGUGAGCGUAGCGAACGAGCCCUUCUUAAUCAUUCAGAUUUUAAUUCAACUCAUCUAACUUACUUAGAAUACAACCUCAUUUGCUGACACAUUGUCAAUGCAAAAUCUGAUGCAGGGAUUGUGUAAUGGUUGGGAGGCAGUGGGCGGAUCUUUUAACACCCGUGAAAGUUGAAAUUCUAUCUGCAAUUUCAUUGGCUAAAAAUGAAGGUUGUAUUCUUAUUACACUUGAAAUGAGGAAAACAUUUUUUAAUGCAUUAUCUUGUUUUACGCUUGACUUGAAUGAUCAAAACACAAAAUAGCAUUUGAUUUGUGUACAGUUAAAAAAAAAAGCCUUUAUAAAUUGGGUUUAUAAUUAAUUGCUACAUGGCCACAAAUUCACCAGCUAAAAGUGCCAAAAUAUUGCUAAUAUUUUUUUAUCAUAUGCUUGAUCAUUAUAGCCAAAUGAGUUUAACAAAAUAAUGAAUUUAAAUAAAAAAAAUAAAAUGCUUUGUUAUUGCAAUUUAUUUUCAUGAUUAAGGUCAAAUGAGUUAAACACGAUAAUGCAUUAAAAUUAAAAAACCUAUAAUAUGCGCCUUUGAUGUUUAUGGUGGUAGGCUGGCAAACUUAAUUAGUUACUUAAUCUACGCAUUACGAAGCACAAAAAUGAUUUCAUUGUACAUUGUUUGAUAGCCAUUAUCAUAAAUGAUUCAUUGUUAUCAGGGAUAAAGCAAUGAUUGAAUAUUGUUGAAAAUAUUCAUAAUAUAAUCAUUUGCAUAAUCACAGAAUCAUUUGUACAGUGGAAAAUGGGAAAUAAAUAAGGUUAUUUGGUCUAGAACUUUAAUACCAAAUAAACUUGCAGUCAAUUGUGUAAAUCAUUGAUAAGUUGUCCACAGGUUGUAUUUUGGUCACAUUCAAAUGAUUUGAUUGGUUGAGAGAUAUUAUUGGAUAAAUAUUGACCAAUCAAUUCAAAUUUUGGCUAUUUUUGACCAAACCAAAGAAACAGUUUUGUAUCAUUGAAAAGUUAGACAAAACAUUUUGUUUAUAUCUUUAUUCAUUGCCAAGUACAGCUGUUUAUUAUAUGCUUUCCGGUGGUUUAUAAAGAUUUAUCAGUGAAAUAAAAUUGAUAUUUCACUGCUUUGAAAUUUAAACCCAUGCUCAAAUCAAACUUCAGUGUGCUUCAGUGUGCACAGGGCUGAGACAAAUGAAGCAUUGUUUGGAUGCAAUUUGGCGCAAUAUUCUGAAAAAUAAUUAUAAAAAGUCAUUUUUAUCCUUUUAAGGCAUAUAAUAAAACGGUAAAAAUGUUUGUUAUAUAGUAAGAUCACUAUAUACAUGUGUCCACCAAAGGGAAAUGUUUCACUGGUGGCUAGGCCACUCGUGAAAUAUAGCUUUUGUUGCUCACUUGGUGAAACAUAUCGCGUUCUUCCAUACCAUUUAAUUUAAACAUUAUUAUGACUGUUAAUUGUAAUUGCAUAAUCAGUAAUUAAUCGCAUAAUCAAUCAUUGGGUCUAAUUUUCUGAUGGUUGUUUAUGAUUUUUAACUCUUUUUUUCCAUUAUUAAAAUUCUCCCCGACAGCUGUUGUUUUCAUGUGUCAGUUUCAUUUGUUUAACAGUAUGAAUCUUUAGUCAUUCAAAAUUGAUUUUAUGACAUAUGACAUAGUAUCCACUUGGUUUGACAUAGUAUCCAUUUGUUAUGACAUUGUGUCAAUCUGGUAUGACACAGUGUUAAUUUGGUAUGACAUAUUAUCAAUUUGGUAUGACAGUGUCAAUUUGGUAUGACACAUUAUCAAUUUGGUAUGACAGUGUCAAUAUGAUAUGACACUGUGUCAAUUUGGUAUGACAUAGUGUCAAUUUGGUAUGACACAGUGUCAGUCUGGUAUGACAGUUACAAUCUAGUAUGACAUAUUAUCAUUUUGGUAUGACAUUAUAUCUGUUUGGUAUGACAUUGUAUCAAUCUGGUAUGACAUAGUGUCAAUUUGGUAUAACAUAUUAUCAUUUUGGUAUGAAAAUAGUGUCAAUUUGUCAAUUUGUUAUGACAUAGUAUCAAUUUGUUAUGACAUAGUAUCUAUUUUGUAUGACACAGUGUCAAUCUGGAAUGCAAAUGUAAAAGUGUCAAUUUGAUGUGACCUAGUGUCAACCUGGUAUGCCCUAAUGUCAAUCUGAUAUGACAAAGUGUCGAUGUCAAUCUGGUAUGACAGUAUCUGUUUGGUAUGGCCUAAUAUUAAUAUUGCAAAGUUUGAUUUUAGAAAUAAUUUCAAUUUAUGUUUUUAUUGGGAUAGUAGUAGGUUCGAAACAUAAAUCUCAAUUUAUAGUUUGUAGAUGUAGAAAAACGUUAUUAGCACAUGUUAUGACUGUGCUAUAGUUAUUUCAUUUAUAUUUUUUUUUUCAGCAUUAGUUUAAGACAAAUCAAACAUGUUUCAGAUAGUUUAAACUUUUGUUGUUAGAUAUUAAGUAGCAUUUCGACAUAAUAUAGUUCUACUUUACGUACUUAUUUAACUAAAUGUGCAGGCCAUAUUUAGAUUUUUACACUUAAAUAUAAUGAUAUAGUCUUUACCAAUUCUUUUGUAUAAAAUGAAUUUUCUAUAAAUAUACAUGAUUAAAUUUUAUAUCAUUAAUAAAUAGAAUUUGCAAAAUAAUGACAUAGCUAUGAAACAUUGACUACUACAUGUUAAAUGUACAAAAUAUAACAUUCUUUAAAGUAUAAUUUUGUUAGAUGAAAACAAGUUGAAUGAUAUGCCAUGCAUUUGAAUGACAUCGGUGUUAUUUUUGUUUGACAAAUAAACUACUAUAUUAAU